UCAAAGAUGACGCGGUACUUUAUUAAGGAAACGCAGGGCGAAAGGUUCCGUACGUUUUCACGGCUUGCUUAUAGAUUGAGCUUAUACGAAGUUUAUUGUCGGAUAAUGAAGUGGUGUUCAUCUCCUGAGUCAGCCGUUCAAUGCGGGGUUUUGAAACAGUGUCACCACGCCAACUUGACCAAGGCACGCCAGGCAGGGGAACCUGUCCAGUUGGAUGUCUACUAUGAAAGUCUGUGUCCCGACUGCAUACUUUAUCUCACGCGGGUGCUGUACCCCACAUGGGUGUUGCUACAGGACAUCCUUUCUGUCCACCUGGUCCCUUUUGGCAAUGCACAGACUUUGGAUGUUUUUGGACAAUAGGAAUCAUCCAGUGGUAGCAAGUAUGUAUUUAAGUGCCAACAUGGAGAACAGGAGUGCCUUGGCAAUAUGAUUCAGG